CAUCAGUGUUUCCGACGAAUUAAUAGAGCAGAGCAACAAUAAUGGCCGCUAUGCGUAGAGUUUUCCUUCUUGUAAGCAGGUCUAUGAAGAACAACUUCAUAACAAGCCUGCGAACGGAUCACAUAGGGGAUGUACGUAAAAUGAAAUUUAAGUCGUUAAAGCCUGGUGUAGCUGGGAUGUGUGUAGCAGCAGGAGGAGCUGUCGCUUAUUAUUAUUUCUGUCAUGUGAACAACUCGAAUCGGGGGAAGGGAUUGAUGUUCAAUAUCAACAACAAAAAGGACCUGCUCCCAUCACUACCCGCAGUAGCUGCUAAAGAACAGUCCAGAGGUCUGGAUUUUGAAGAUGGAGAUGUCUACAUUUCUUCUCAUGAGCAAAGAUUCCGCAUGUUUUCCUCUGUUGAAUAUGAGGGCCAACUCUACAUGACCCCGCAAAAUUUCAUUGAGUCUGUCACAAUGGAUGAGCCCAAAUACAGGAGACAGUGGAAGUCACUUUCAAAGCAGGAGUUGGAGCAGAUACUUGCAGCAACACCACCUGUUUGGAGAGGGACAUCAAAACUGUUUCGAAACUUGCGUGAUGGAGGUAUUAUUGCCUACACUGAAUAUCUCUUUCUGCUGUGCAUUUUAACAAAGCCUCAUGCAGGCUUUAAGAUAGCUUUCAAGAUGUUUGAUGCUGAUGGCAAUCAGAUGGUGGACAAAAAGGAGUUUUUAGUGCUGCAGGAGAUAUUCCGAAAGAAAAAUGAAAAAAAGGGAAGAAAAGGAGAUGCUGAAAAAUCUGCACAGCUGAAUUUGCAACUUUAUGGAUAUCAGUUUGCUCCUAUAAACAACGUUCUUAAAGAUACUGAGGAGUAUGCCCCUAGAAGCUACUGGGAUAUACUGAGACGCAGCACAAGCCAGGCACUCUUUUCAGACCUUGCAGAGCGUGCGGAAGAGAGUAUGAUGGUAGACACGACGCUCCUGAUGCACUUCUUUGGAAAGAAAGGGAAAGCUGAGCUCAACUAUGACGACUUUUACAGAUUUAUGGAUAAUCUGCAGACAGAGGUUCUGGAGAUUGAGUUCCUAACCUACUCCAAAGGGAUGACUACCAUUAGUGAAGAAGACUUUGCUCGCAUUCUGUUACGUUACACAAAUGUGGAGAACAUAAGCAGCUAUCUAGAUAGCGUACGGCAGAGGAUUUCAGAAGAAAAGGGUCUCACAUUUGAUGAGUUUAGAUCAUUCUUCCAGUUCUUGAACAACUUGGAGGAUUUUGCAAUUGCAAUGCAAAUGUACAAUUUUGCAAACCGAUCAAUUGGACAAGAUGAGUUCAAGCGUGCAGUUUAUGUAGCAACAGGAUUAAAACUAUCCCAGCACUUGGUGAACACUGUCUUCAAAAUCUUCGAUGUCGACCGAGAUGAGCAGCUAAGUUACAAAGAGUUUAUUGGAAUCAUGAAGGACAGGCUGCACAGGGGUUCUCGGGUGGCUAAACAAUAUGGCGUAUCUGCAUUCUUCACUUGUGUGAAGACAGAAGUCAGAAAACACUGUAAACGACUGUGGAGGCGAUAUAAAGAAAACGUUUUGUAGUUUAUAAAUAAGAGCUUGUUUAAUGCCUUAUAGCUCACUUAUAUCUUGAAAAUGUUAACUUAAUCUACUAUUAACUGUAUUGUACAAGCAAUAAACAUUUUUCUGACUGGCCUGUUAGAUGACAGUUAGAUGAAAAACUUUACUGAGAGAACACAGAAUGCUGAUAAAAUACCCGCAUGCAAGCUUGAUGAACCUAAGAAUGUCCACCAGGUAUGUUGCAUGACAAGUGUACUAUUUAGGCAAUAUUCCCUGUUGCUGAAGGCUAAUAGAAGCCUGCCAGAGCAGGAAGCUUAUUGGCUCACGAUAAUUCUGCACUAAAAUCACCAUUUUUUAAAACAAUUUAACACACUGAAGCUGCUGUAACUUGCACUCACUGAGCUGUAUUUAAUUGUGUAUUAAUUAUACUUGCUUUGCACCUUUAACCUGCUCUUUUAUUUUUCCAUACACAUGGUACCUUAAAGAGCAUUUUAAAAUCUAUUUUGCUAACAUUUUCUUCAAAAUGUAACACAAUACUUGGGAGUAUGCUUUAGGUAAUCUAAAGAUUUUGUUGUUGAAUGCAUUAAUAAAUUGUUUUAAAAAUGUA